CACCGCCAACAUGUAUAUAAUCAACGAGACGGAGAAAGUAACCGCUUACUCUUGCGGCAGUAUGUCACACUGUCUCGCGAGUAGCCCAUUUGACAAUGAUAAUAAUCUUUAUCUCAGGCUUUUAAUUCGGCCCAUGAAACAAAAGGGGAGCCGGGAUGGGGGGAACAACACUCCCUCCCCCAAAUUCAGACCAAGACUUCGAACCCUUAAAACCUCACCCAAUUCUCACUUUUAACUCUCCAACCAGGUGUUGCCCGGACAUAAUCACAUGCUUGGCGCCUCCCUGGUCUUCAAGUCCAUUAAAUUCAGCACAAUACCAUUAUUAGCACGGCGGCCAUUAAGUUCACAUUUGUGUUCAAGAUUACGGUGCUCAGCAAGGCAUAUUUGUAUGGAGGAUAAGAGUAAGAGCGGCUCGAGAGGUGCUUUGGUUGUUAUAGAAGGGUUGGAUCGAUGUGGUAAGACUUCACAGUCAAGCAGACUUGUUAAAAAUUUGGAUGAGUUAGGGUAUCCGGCUGAAUUGUUCAGGUUUCCCGAUAGGAAUACUGUUAUCGGACAGAUGAUCUCGUCGUAUCUCAAUAGUGAUUCUCAGCUGGAUGAUCGUACAAUUCAUCUACUUUUUAGUGCAAACCGCUGGGAGAAGAGAUCCCUCAUGGAAUCUAAGUUGCAGAGUGGAAUAACUCUUAUUGUUGAUCGUUAUGCGUAUUCUGGGGUGGCAUUUUCAUCAGCCAAAGGACUUGAUAUUGAAUGGUGCAAGGCUCCAGACAUGGGGUUGUUGGCUCCUGAUUUGGUGUUGUACCUUGACAUAUCUCCGGAGAAAGCUUCUGAAAGAGGAGGCUAUGGUGGUGAGCGAUAUGAGCAGCUUGAGUUCCAGAAAAAAGUUGCCCAGUCAUACCAGGUUCUUCAAGAUGCCUCGUGGAAGAUAAUUGAUGCUAACCGUACUGUAGAAGAUGUCGAGGAGCAUAUGAGGGACAUUGUAUUGGAUUAUGUGAAGACAUGCAGGAAUGGAAAAUCUCUCUCCCAACUCUGGUUGAAGUAAACCACCGGAAGAAUCAGAUACCCAGAAAAUCGAUUUACUUUUCAAUUUUCGUGAAUUCGAGUUGUAUUAGUGAAUGUUUUUGGUUUGAUAAUGGCUAUUCUGAUUGUUUUCUCUGCAUCAACAACAUUCUUCUCUUUGUUCUAAAGUAUAAAUUGUUUUGUAAAUUUUUAAAGAUAUUAUUUUGCAAUUUCAGGUCUAUACCAAGACCAUUUAUCAA